GUCACCAGGUGUAGCAGCCGGGGAGAAGCCACCACCCACAGCCUCCGCCGCACAGCCGGCUCCCCGCAGGGCCGCCCGGGACCGACUCCGCUCGCCCUCCUCGGCUCCGACAACGGCGCGGCUCCGGCCGCGGCCCCGGACCCACCCCGGGCGGGCAGGGCACCCCCGACACCACACGGCGGGAUAUACGCGGGCGGCGCCCCAGCGGCGGCGGCUUCCAGCCGGCCCGCGCACACCGAGCGGCCCCGGGGCGCUCCCGGCCCGGGGCGGGGGCAGCAGCCCCGCACUCGCUCCCGCACUCACUCACUCUGCCACACAGCGCCCUUCAGCCCCCGCACCGGCGGCGCCAUCUUGCUGCCAAGCCCUCCCGGCAGCACUCCCUUCCCCUCCCUCUUCAGGGACGGCGGGCGGAGCCGGGCGGCGGAGGAGGGCACUGCCUGCUCCUGGGCGGGGCGGGCUCCUGCCGGCCGGGCCCGGCCCCAAUGGAGCCGGGCCCCCUUCCUCUGCCACAUUGGGGUCCGUAAUUCCCAUUGGAGAAGCGCUCGGUGACCAGGGCUCGUCCCCUGAGGAAGGAGUCUCUUGCUGCUCACCUGUCAGCAGGUGAGCCCGGGACACGGGGGCCGCUCCCGACCCCCGCGGCGGCUCCUGGGGCUGUGUGUGGAGCAGCGGGGGGAGCUGGAGAGCGCAGAGCCGAGGGAGCGUCGCGAAACUUGCCGUGGUGCCGGGUCCCCUCGCGGUGGAAACCGGGGCUCCCUUAUGAAAGCGGCCCCAGGGUUCUCUCUGACAUUCGUGUAAAGCCGCCAAGGAAAACACUGUCGGGUCAUAGAACGAUACUGUUUGUUGUCGCCUACAAUCGUCUGUCAGAAGUUACAGUUUGAAGACAUAAAGUCGUGUUGUCUAAGGGGAACCAGCAGCUGGUACAGAUACGAAGGAAUAUGAGGAAAAUGUCUCUUUCCACAACGCCAGAUACUGAGGAAGGGUGGUUCCCAGUCCAUGGCAGUGUUCCAUGCGAAGGGGAGUACCACGAGGGCAUCAUUCCCAACAGAAAAGAAGGUCCUUAGACUGCAUCCUGUAAGAGAAGGGGGAAAACCCCACCGCCCGCCGGCGCUGUGUCGGCCCCUGUCCCCAGGGUUCGGUGGCCGCCGGCCGGCUGGGCUCCAGCGGGGAGGAGCGCCCAGCCCAGCGCGACCUCCUCUGUCCCGGGGAGCGAGCCUGCAGUGGCAGCACUGCCGAGACACAGAGCUGCUCACAGCAGGGAUCGGCCUCGGCUCAUCCCCGUGGGAAGGCUGGAACAAAGCUCUGACAAGAUGUGUGGUGCGAAAAGUAAAUCAUUAGCAUUUACUGGACUGCUUCUCAACUGCCUAGAAAUGAUCUUUUCAGCUAACACAGGUUUCUCUGUGUCUUUAUAUGAUGUGACAUCGCAAAGCAUUUCUCUCAGAUGGCCCAAGUUUUCAGGAGCCUCUUCUUACAGGGUCACAGCUACAGAUGUGAAUACUGUAGGCCAUUCAUUACUGGCUCAUUUCAGUGAUGUGACACUUAAAGCAACUCUAACUUCAUUAAUUCCCAAUACUGUUUAUGCUAUACAAGCAGAAGCCAUUGACAAGAAUGGGAUUAUUCUUGCAGAAACACAGAUUAUGCAGUCAACAGCUCCAGACAUACCUGUUAUUGACCAAGCUUAUUCAAAACUUAGCAACAGUAUCACAGUGGAAUGGAGAGCGGUACCUGGGGCUACUAGUUACAUGCUGACUGCACAAGAUGGAGAUUCCUUCAUUGAAACUGUAGUUAAAAAUUCUCCAGGCACAGUAACGGGGCUGAAACCUGCCACCUUGUACAGAAUCACUAUCAGAUCUAUAAAUUCAGGAGGAAAAAGCCAGCCUUCACCUUUCAGAAAAGCAAAAACAGUCCUGGCUGCUCCGAUUCUGUCUGUUAGUUCUCCGAGCUGUGACUCCAUUGCACUGAGCUGGAAAGCUGUGUAUAUGGCAGCUGGAUUCUCUGUGUCACUCAUGAGGUCAGAUGGUUUGGGCAGAAUGCUGAGGGAGAACACCACCAAUACCUCCUUGAUAUUUACAAAUCUAGAUCCAGGAACUCUCUAUACUAUCAAGGCUUAUGCCUGGAAUGCCAAUGGGAUGCCUGGAGAUGAUUUCACAUAUAACCAAAAAACAAGUCCUAAUGCACCGGCGGAUGUUAAAGUAGCUUUUAAUAGUGGUGCUUUAAGAGUUUCUUGGAUGCCAACAGAAGGAGCUCUAACUUACACUGUCACAGCCUCCAGUGGACUCUUGAAACUGAAGUGUAACACAUCCUCCUCCUCCUGCAUGGUGCCAUCCCUCCAGUGCAGCUCUGAAUAUUAUGUUUCUGUCACAGCAUACAAUGAUGCUGGAUCCAGUAAACCUACUGAUGCAGUAAGCUUAAAAACUAUUCCUUGUGCACCAGUAAACAUAUCAAUUGAAGAGGAUGAACUUGGUCACUUGCUGGUGUCAUGGUCUAGCGUCAGUUUUGGUCAUUAUUACGUGGUUUUUGUGAAGAGUGAUGAUGGCUUGGAAGUGCACUGCAACACAUCAUAUACUCAAUGUCAUUUUCAGUCAGACUGUGGCUUCACUUAUUUCAUUAGUGUCUUUGCAUAUAACAAGGCAGGGCAGAGUCCUUUAGGUGAUGUAUUCAAUUACACUACUGCUCCUUGUUGCCCCAGCGACUUCAGGGCCGUGUUCGUGUCCAGCGACACCGUGCGGGUCACCUGGGCUCCUGUCCGAGGCGCCGACCUGUACGAGACCAGAGCUGCCGCCUGGAGCACGGUGGUGCUCUGCAAUGACACGGCCCCGGCCUGCACCCUGUCAGCUCUGCAGUGCAACACCCGCUACCACAUCACCGUUCACUCCUUCAGCGAGGCCAGGGGCAGCAACACCUCAUGUGCGCCCACGCACGUGGCAACAGCUCCCUGCAGUCCUGAAAUUAAAAAUGUCUCAAAGGAGGGUCUUUCUGUAAUCAGUGUACAGUGGCAGUCUAACAAUGAAGACGCUACAUACGUUGUCACUGCCAGAGGAGAGGCUGGACUUUGGCAUUGCACAAGCACUGGAAGCUCCUGUACCUUAACUGAUCUUCCCUGUGGAUCUGCUUUCUCUGUUAGUGCUAUAGCAAGAUCACCAGCAGGACAGAGCUUACCAAGCUACAGUGUCCCUUUAGAGAUGGCUCCUUGUUGCCCUAACGACCUGAUACUAACUCAGGUGACACAGUCUGUAACAAAUAUCAGCUGGUCUGCUGGGAAGGGUGCACAGACAUAUGUAACAACACUGGAGUCUCCAAAAGGACAGGCAAAGUGUCGCACUCUUCAGAACUACUGUCUCCUGGGAUGCAUCACAUGUGGCACCAACUACACAGUGUCUCUGAAAGCAAUUAGUGAAACGGGUCUGACAUCCAGUUGCACAUAUCAGGGAUAUUCUUCCAGUGCUUGCUGCCCAUCUGGGGUGAAGCUAUACAGACUGAACAACAAUGGCAUCAGGGUGUUCUGGCGAGCCUCUGACGAAACAAUGAACUACAGCACUGAUUUACAUGGUUCAAAAGGCAACUUCACCUGUACCCCCAGCGCAGGUCGAAGUCACUGCGACAUCACCGAGAUACCCUGUGGGGAUGUCUACACAGUGGUGGUAGCUCCACUGACUGAUAAGGGUCCAAAGCUCACAUUCUGUCCUAAAAAAAUAUAUUCAGUAACUUGUUCUGGAAGCUCUGUUGGAAUGGUGAUUUAUAGAGGCAAGAGCAAUGCAGAACACAUCUAAAUGAAAAUUCUGGUUCAGAUAAGAAGCUAAAAUUGCUUACUCUUCAACACAAUUACCAGCGUUCUGCACUAUUUACUGCUCCUGUCUCAAAGGAAUGGCAAGAAAUCACUGCUGACUUUUUCCCCCCAAGGCUGAUCAUCUCCUUUUUGCUGCUAUUCACCUACAGCUAUCCUGGAUGUUAAGGUUGUUGAUAACACCAUUCUCCCUAAAUGCUCCUUUCACUCUUUCUUUCCCUGAAGCUGGAAAGACAACAUCUGUGCUUAAUGGCAACAUUCACAGCUGCUCAGGACUGGGAGGAGGGAAGCUGAACAGCUAGUCAUAUCUGAGAUCUAAUCCAGGACAUCAAAUUUGAGCCCCAGCUGACAAGAUCAUUUUUAAAAUGCAGCUGAACACUUGAUGGAGAUGUCUGUAAUCUUGAACUAUAAUUUUCUGUGCAAGCAAUCACUUUUAAAAGUUCUUCCAAGAACCGUUAUUAAUCAGUAGGUGUGUUCCAGAACUAAUGUACCAACGAAAUAAGGCUGAAAUAAAGAUCAAGAGAGUGAAGUUAAAUUUCUUAAAAAAAGAAAACAAAACAAAGUAACAGCAGUUCAGGUAGAAUCACUCAAAAGCAGCUUGAGGCUUAAUCGAGUAUUAUUCCAAGGCUAUUUCAUUUUACUUCAAAAUUUAAAAAAAGUUUCUUCCUUUAGAGUUUAGAGAGGUGACUCAUGAGGAGUAAACAGAAUGUCCUCUUCACAUCAACUGACUUGCUUUGCACUGUAGCUAAUGAAGAAUUGACAGAUAUUACUAAAAUUUUAAUUUCCCAUUUUUCAGAAAAGGCAGGACCUUUUCUCAUACUCCUCACUGGUUACUUUCUCAGCCAACACAGAAAGCAAAGUUCAAGGUCAACAGUUCUACAAACAUAUGUAAUCUUACAAAGAGAGUCUUCAGAAACUCAGUUGUAUAAAGGUAACCAAAGACAACAGGCAUUUUUACACAGCUGUAUUAGGUAUCUCAGUCACUGCUUCUGAUCACCUGCACAGAAUCAUCUCACAGGAAUCACCCUUCAAUACGUUGAUUGUAGAUGGCCCAAGAAUUACAUGUUGCUUCUUAAAACAUCAUCUACAUUUAGUCAUGGUCAAACAAGUCUUUCUUUAGGAAACAUUAUUUGAAACUGCCCUGCAUUAGCUAAUAAACAGUUGGCAACUUUUCUCAUUAAUUGAAAAAAAAAUAUUAUUGUUAAAGGCUUUCUUCCUCAAGGGUUUUACUUAAAUAUUUCUUCUUUGGAGACAUCACUGUGAAACACUGCCACCAAGGCCUAAGUGUUUAACCAGGUGGCUAUUAACUGGAUUUUCAGAGGUCUAAAGCAAUCAGUUUCUUUCAGAAUCAAGUUCAGGGCCCAAAUUUCUUCUUCUCGCAUAAACAAUUGUGGUAAUUCCAUGCUCUAACAGUAAUUCUAAUGUUUUUUAAACUGUUGGUGUAUAUUUUCUCAAUUCUUCCUGGCAUACAAACCUUAACAUCUCAAAAUUGCACACUACAAGCAGGACAAUGCUAUAGUACUGUUUUCAUCAGCUCCCCUCACUUUUACAAUUAAAAAGAAGCAUAGUUGUAACAGAAUGUAUUAUUUGCAUGUCUGUUGGGGGGGAAAAAAAAGGAAAAAGCUGAAGAGGAGUAAUGAUUUUAAGAAAAAACACAUUGAUUCAGCUCAAAAAAAAUGGUUAGGGGAUGUACACAAUUAACCAAAAGAGGGAGGAAAAGCAACAAAACCAAACUGAGCCAGAUCCACACCUCCUGCUGUGGCCGUGUAUAUCUUCCAGGCCUUGUUCCUCAGGCAUUAGGCAUUGUCUUAAUAGUAAUUAACACUGCUGAUAUGUGAAAUGACACUGGCAAUCACUCAGAUGAUUAAAAAAUUUUGGUGAGGAUUAGUUGCAGGUUCUCUCCAGACUGAGGUAAAUGCUUUUUUAUGGGUCAUGCUGACUUAAUGGACGAUGACAUGUAAUGUUUUCAUAGAUGUAGUUUCUACACUACUUACUAGUAUGAAGCUCUGGUCUUUGUGAAAUAAAAAACCACAACCAAUAAAUCCCCUCACCAAAAUAACAAAAAAAAACCCUAACAAAAACCCCCAAGCAACCCAACCCCAUUAAGCUCUUGAAAGAAGAGACUUUAGAACCAACAAGGUACAUGGGCUUCAUAGCAGUGCAAAAGGCUCAAACAUCAGCAGAAGUUCCCUCAUUGCUUCGGGUUCCCUUUAAGGGUGGAAUUUGUAUACUGUACGAGACUAAAAAUAUUACUAAUGCAGUACUUACCGUUGGAGCCACAGGAAAUUUCAAAGACAGAUGAGGCUGCCAAGGGAUAACUAUCCCAGCUAGGUAACUAUGGACAUGUGGCAUCCUGUGGGAACUUUGGGUUCACAGUGCUUCAGUCGUUGUGCUUUUACCCUGAGAACUGAAGAGUGCACAGACUGUCAGAGAGCAGCUCCUGGGGAAACUCCCAUGCCUCCAAUUAAAACUGGCAGAAGUUUUCUCCGAAUGCCCUGAGCUGAAUGCCCACAGUGCAGCUGCACUGCAGCAACUGCAGCAGAGUGGGCAGCACCAGCACCUCCACUGAACUUACCACUGCUCACCAGAGCUGCUUGCACACCACAGUUCCUUUUGGUUUCAAGGAAGGUCAUGUGAAAUAAAAUGAUAUCAGAAAGACAAAAAGGAACCAGAGUCCCUGGAUCCAAACCCAAGAGCUGCACGAUACUAAAUCCCAAGGAUAACUUAAGACAGGUGUCUUGGUCCAAGUAAUUUUCAUGGGUCUUGGUAAUGAAUAUUGUGCCAUCCAUUACACUAACUCAAGUACAUAAUAUGCAUCAGAUUAAAUCCAGAAGUCAAAAAGUACUAUUUAUUGGAAAAUAAAAGCAAGUCCUCAAAUUAGUGCACUUGUAAGAGGUACUGGCACGGGCUGGUCUUUUCACAAGCUGUACCAAAAUGUUGACCAUCUUUGUUGUAGUAAGACAGCCAUUCUCCGCUUUCAGGUCAAAGAUUGUGUUUCUCAAAUACCUGUAUUUUUCCUGCAAAUAAACCAUUCUUUCACUGUAUUUCCCAACAAUGGCGGAGGAGGGGGAGCCCUGAAGGAACAAUUGGAAAUCAGUAAUCCAUUUUCCCUGACAGAACAGUGGCCUUGCAGCCUCUCUGCCUAAGAGUGUACUUGCUUCAGAAACUGAAGGUUAAAAACAAGGCCAAAAGAAGCCCUCUAGACACAAACAAGAUAAAGUUGUCCUCACUGUUUUGACUUGGCAGAGACAAGCUCUAAUAAUCUACUAGACAGGGUAUUUCUUAAAUGGCCAGUACAGUUUUUCUCCCAUAUUAAAUGAGAGCUCAGUAGUUUUGUUUUACACUGCAAGGGAGUGACUUCUUUGAAGCUGAAGUUUUGUUUCAAGCUCAGAUUUAAAAUCAGGUAACACAAAUAUAAACAGACAAUACCUCAACAACAUCAGUAUUAAAAGAUCUUGAUUACUAAGGAUCACGAUGACAAAGGAACUGUUUCUGAACUGUUAGUUCAGAAAAAAAUUAGACCAGGGAGGAAGAAAAAAAAUGAAGUUUGCUCCUUGGAAUACUAUGGAAUGAAGUGUACUGUUAGAAGCUGAAACACUUUGUUUUCUCCUGGAUGUUAAAACAAAACAAAAAAAAAAGCCUAAAUGACCUGCAUCACACAGAAGCAAAAAGGAACAAUUAUCAACUUAUUUCUACCUUCUACCUUCAGGUCACUUCAUCCUCAUGAAUGAGUCACACUUCAUGUUCUUCCUGUUUUGGGGCUGCUGCAUUUCUUUGUUUGCUACAUGUCCCACAUAAAGUACUUAUUACAUAAAAUCCCUUAUUCAUACAAAAUGUCACUUGAUCUGAAAAAGAAAUGUGGAGGAACCAAAACACUCUUCAACUGGCAAUGAACAUGCAGGGAAAAGCUGACACUCGAUACAAAGGAAUUA